AUGAGACCCCCUCUAGAGGAGCCUACUUAUAAGAAGCGAAGGUUGGAUGAGUGUGAAGAGGCCUUCCAAGGAACCAAGGUGUUUGUGAUGCCCAACGGGAUGCUAAAAAGCAACCAGCAGCUGGUGGACAUUAUUGAGAAAGUGAAACCUGAGAUCCGGCUGCUGAUUGAGAAAUGUAACACGGUCAAAAUGUGGGUACAGCUCCUGAUUCCCAGGAUAGAAGAUGGAAACAACUUUGGGGUGUCCAUUCAGGAGGAGACAGUUGCAGAACUAAGAACUGUUGAGAGUGAAGCUGCAUCUUAUCUGGACCAGAUUUCUAGAUAUUAUAUUACAAGAGCCAAAUUGGUUUCUAAAAUAGCUAAAUAUCCCCAUGUGGUCACUCUACAUGACAUGAUCCUGAAAAAUAUCGAGAAGAUCAAACGGCCCCGGAGCAGCAAUGCAGAGACACUGUACUGAGGCCAGGGCCAGGGCCAGGGGACUCUGUGAGUCUGGCUCAAGACCGACAUUGCCUUGGUUUGUUACGUGACUAUCGUGAUGGGGAAACUGGCUGGAAAUAGUAAUCACACCUCUCUGUUUUUAGUUAGAGUCUAAUGAAACUCUCAUCUAGUUCUGUGAUGUGUUUACCUCUUUUUUCAGGCCUCAGGAACUCUUCUAUUUCCUUCCCUAAUACCCCAGACCCAACCUGUCCUAAUUUCUGGAGAAUUCCAGGUUUGUGUGUGCAGGAUAUUGGCACAAGAAUACUUGUGUUUUCUCUCUCCUCUCUCCCUACUGUGUCUUGGGCUUUGUGUUUUCUUACUUUUGAUGAUUAGUUGGUUAGAAGCUGAGGGAACUGGAAGGAAAGUGCUAGGUGUUUUUUAGGAACUGGGGUGACAUGGGGACCAGUUUCUCUCUUCCUCACAUCAGGUUAAUGUCUCUUGCCUCUGUGGGACAUUGAAUCCUCCCUGCCACAGUUGCCCUGGUGAUGACUUAGGGUUUUCCAUCUGCAUACAUCCCACCUUGAACCUGAUCAUGACAAGGAAUACUUCAGGCCUUCAGCGGAGUCCCUAACUCCUUCAGAUGUUUUUAUAAUGGGGAUUUUCACAUACACUUGUGUGUGUGCAUAUAUAUACCCAUAGCGACAUGCACACACACUCCUUCCAACUCUCUACCCCACAUACCCUCCCCCCUCCAUGAUAUGAUCCCUGUCACACACAUACCCUUCAGGAGGUAAUAGUUGUCUUAGAUAUCAUCCACCCAGACAUAAGUCUGUGCCCAUCCUCCUGAUAUUAUAGCUUUCUGGUGCCCAGGGGGAGUUGGAGUAGAACCAAGAGAUGAGAAGCAGAGGGGUUGGGGAAGGCCUUUUCCUCUGUGACUGGGGCCCCUGUUGGCGUUAUUGCAAAGGCUCCUGUGACUCUUGGUUGCCUUUUCCCAGGCCAGUUGUAAAUUGGGGUUGGAGUGUCUGCAGCUGUGAGGUACAGAUGCUGCUGCUCCUGUUGCGCUUUCCCUUUGGGAAAUAUAUCUCUUAUUUAUAGUAUUGUGCUUCCAGGGAAAGCAGUCAUUUGUGUGUAUAUGUGCACGUAUACACACACAUAUACACAUUGUGUAUGUGGAAAUAUGCUGGGCAGGUCAAAACCGUAGAAGAGUUGCCUCCUAUCUCUUGAAUCUUCCAGAGAUAUCACUUAUUGUUACAGCUUUUAUGUUAACCCUCAUUAGCCCCCAGCUUUUUAUUCUACCACUGCUGGAGAGUCGACAUCCGCAGUCAGCCUGCCAGUGACUCUCAGUGUGUUUGUGACUUUUAUUCUUCCCGUCUCUGUCUUCCAACCCCCAAUCAUAUUUCCAUCUGGGAUGCAUCAUUUUUACUCCCAGUAUUCUGUAGAGAAGGAGUCAGGAUGCUGUCUUCCCACGAAUAGUAUUCAGUAACAAACCAAUUGCAUUUUAAUUGGGCAGUGCCCCUUCCCACCCUACAGAUCCCUUCCAGCUAAAACCCUUCCCUCUUCCCACCAUGUGUUUCUCAGUUUCCCUUUUUAUUUGUUGGAUUGUUCCGCUGCCCCUCUUCCUCACCCUACCACCCUUGGAUCGUAAUGUAAAAUUCUUUUACCAUGUCAAGAAAUUAUUAAAAAUACAGGUACUUUGACCUCUUUCUAAAGCCGCAAACCCUGGUGCAGUGCUCUGGUGGCAAGGGACAUACUCAUCAUACUCAUGUGUGCACAUUUGGACACCCACCUUCACAGACACCUCUAGCCCACCCUAUUUUGCAUCCCUGUGCCAGUGAAGCUGCCUCUUUUCUCUGGGAUAGUGGAAAGACUAAGGCUUCCAUCUACGAAGCAAGAGUGGGUCCUUCAUUUGUGUUCAGUCUGAAUUAUGUGAAAGUUAGCUCUUCCCAAACCUGAGCUGCCUUGUCUCCCUCCUUUUCAAGACCCUAGUUCCUUCCUUCCCCGGUUAUACCCGUGAAUGCCAGUAGAGGCUGCUGUAGUUCCAUGUGUAGAGAACUGCCUGCUUCAAGGCAUACCCUACCCAGUCAUUUUCUUUACCUUAUACUAAGUCUCCUCUCUGAAAAAUGUCUUAAAUUUCUUGAGGAGACUCCUGGUCUUGGUUUUCAAAUUACUUGGAGGGCUGCCUAGGAACCUCUGUCCCUCUGAAAUAAAGUUUCCUCCACUUGCAC